AUGGAGGAACUUGUCAAUCAUUUUCAGAAACAUGCUCAGGUCUGGGAGAAGGCCGAUCCCAUCGAGGCCGAUCGCAUCGAAAUCUCCGAAAUAUGGGAGAGUAUCGAUUCUGCAGGCGAGCCUACUGUCAAACACACGACGAUCGACGCCCACAAUCUCAAGCAAUGGCUAAACACGACCAGACCGGACCCAAAGAAACCGUCCCCGUUCCUCUCCCGAUGCUCACUACGAAUUGUGUGGGUCAAAAUUGACACAAACGAGCACGUGCACUACAUGUCGGCCAGCCAAAUAAAUACCGUAGUGAAUUCCUUCGAACUCAACCUGGCAUACAAGUACUACGGAACAUCCGCUGCCGGCGUGACGGAGUUCUCUCAGUACAAUGGCUCACGCAUCCCAUCUCAAUACGCAUUCAGCCUCCGACCAAAGACGGCGGCAAUCUGGGCACGCGAGCCUGAGUCGAACACCAUCCAGGCCAUAUUCUUCACGGUGGAGGACCACAUCAAGUCGUUUCAACUUCUUCUGGAUCGAAAUUGGAGAAUGUUGGACCAAGACAUGUUCAUUGCCUUUCUUUGUAGUACUAUGAUUGGCUUACAAGUUGAUCAAGCAUUGACCAAGAUCAAUGAAGAUAUCCAGGGUAUUGAAUACCGGACAGGGGUUCAUGGGUGGAACACUGACCUUACAAAGCUGGCGCCGAAUGGGUUGGAAGCUCUGUUGCAGAAGACUGGUGCUAUGUCUACGAAGGCGGUUUCUUCUCUGUGGAAGUUGAGGAUCAUCAAAAAUCUCCACUACUUCGUCUCAGAGCAAUUGGAUAGCUCAGUAUCCACAGAAGCGCUUACUGAUGACCAUCAUAAGCCCCAUGACGAUAGCGAGGACAAAGGGACAGCCGAGGAUGAGGGUGGACCGCCGGGAGACUGCACCGGAAGACAAAACGACUGGUUCAAUGCACGACGUGAGAGCUACGGUCGGCUCCGCAGUGUAAUUGCACUGCUUGAGAGCCGUACCCAGGAACAGCACAACAGAGUGGAGUAUCUUCAGCAGCGAGUCCAGUUGCAGACUCAAGUUAUUGAGAGCCUCAUCGAUCACUUGGAUAACUUGACCGUGCUCGCCCAGACAGAAGUUUCCAACCGUAUUGCGAGUUCCAGCCAUCAGGAAACCUUUUCGAUGAAAGCGCUUGCUACGGUAUCGAUGGCAUUCCUCCCGGCUACGUUUGUGGCCGCCUGCUUUGACAUGUCACUUUUCAAGUGGGAUUCCUCUGAAAUGAGCGGAGUCGUCUCGCCUCGGAUAUACCUCUUUUUCCUCGUUGCAGGCGUCCUGACUGGUUUUGUGUUUUUGAUAUACUGGAGAUGGAUGGUAUCACAGAAGAAAGAGCACGCAAGAGAAGCAGAACACACUCCUUGGACGAUGGAAGAUGACAAGGAGAAGACGGUGAUUGACAACGUCAUUGAAACAAGACGAUGGGUAAGCAAGAGCUUAUCGCCGGCAAUGCGCGCCAGAUAG